AUGGAUGUUUACUCAUCAUGGCACGACAGUCGUGCCCCGCAGGGUCCGUUGAAACGAAUGUCCGAAUUUCUCAGGACAGCGGGGAAAAUAAGGAAUGGUGGUCUCUUGACGAGGGCACCUCGUGUAAUUACCAGUCAACGAACCGUAACUGAUUGUGCUAAAACAAUUAAGGAACGUGACUCAGGGCUCGAAAUCUCGGAGAGGCCGACUUGUAUGUUGUAUCGAUGGUCGUUCAACAAGAUGCCCGACCGAUCUUCUGCAUUAGCGGUCUUGUUCUGUUGA